GUGUAAUAUAUGGAUCUUUAUUUUUUUUCCUGCUGGACAUACAGUUCAGCGCUGGGGCUCUAAAACAACCCCCGCAACAAACAGUCGCUCGCGGGAAACCAGAGCAAGCUGCAGUCGCUCCGCUCCGGGUGCCCGCGCGUCCCCAGCAAGGGACUUUUGAUCUGCAGCGGUAAUUGGGCUAAUUAGGAAACUGCAAACGCUCCCCCUUCUCCCCGAGUGUCCGAGCGGAGCCCCAGCUCUCUAGAGGAGAAGUCAGGUUCCCUCGCCAGCGCAGCCAUUCUACACGUAAUGGGUGUCCCCGGCAGUAACUGGGCUGUGCUGGGAUUGAUGGCCUUUGUCCGGGGGAGUGUUUUGUAACAUCCCUGUGAUGAAAUCCCAUAGGUACAAUUUUCCUAACGAGCUCAGGGGCCCCUCAGCACCGCCAGCGAGCAGAGCAAACCCCGGGCGGUUUUACCGGGCCUCCCCGCAGCGUGCACCGAGUUUGCAGUUCUCUGCUCAGGCUGCAUCCUGGAGGAGAGUAGGGGGGUUGCUUUGGGUGGCAGCACCCACCAAGCCCUCAAAAGCCUUUGGCUUUCCACCUCCUCCCAUUCCCGGAGCUGCCGAGCCCCAGGGAGGGGGACAGCAAAGCUCAGGGAAAGGCCCCCUCGUCCUUGCUCGCCUUCUGCGGGCAAAAGGCCACAGCCAGCAGCAGCACCUCCCCGGCACGGCACGGCGUCCGCUGUCCGGCGCUCCUGCGCAUAUUUUCCCGGCCAGUAUCAUCACAGCUGUGUCCCCGAGCCGGUGGAUGAGCUAAACCCCAGGGGAGGAUGAGUAUGGUGGCAGCCGAGCGCCAGCCGGGGCCAGGACCUGGAGGAGUGGCCGAAGCGCAGUGCCGCAGUUGAGGCUGGUGUCCCCAGCCCCGCCACGUCCCCACGCCGCCCCGGCUGGCGGCGGGUGCUCCCUGCCCGGCACCCGGAGCCACCGGGGGCCCUCGCCGCGGCCGGACCACGCGGAUGGAAAGCUGCAGCCCGGCAGGGAGCCUCGCUGGCCGGCUGACGCCAUCCCUAUGCCCCAGCCCUAUGCCGGAGCGGGCGCCCUCCCCGGCUCAGCCGCGCGCCGACCAUGAAGUGCUCGCUGCGCUUCUGCUUCCUCUCGACCGCCUUCCUGCUCGUCUUCGUCAUGUCCCUCCUCUUCACCUACUCCCACCACAGCAUCGCCUACCUGGACCCCGGCGGGCUGGGCGGCAUCCACCGGGUGAAGCUGGUGCCCGGCUAUGCCGGCAUGCAGCGGCUCAGCAAGGGGGGGCCAUACUCCCGGGGCUGCGCCUGCCGCCGCUGCCCUGCCGAGGAGGCCGGCGCUGCCGAAUGGUUUGACGGGCGCUACGACGGCACCAUCUCCCCGGUGUGGACCAAGGAGAACAUGGACCUGCCGCCCGACGUCCAGCGGUGGUGGAUGAUGCUGCAGCCCCAGUUCAAGUCCCACAACACCCACGAGGUCCUGAGCAAGCUCUUCCAGAUCGUGCCAGGCGAGGAUCCCUACCGCUCCCGCGACCCGCGCCGCUGCCGCCGCUGCGCUGUGGUGGGCAACUCGGGCAACCUGCGGGGCUCUGGCUAUGGGCCCGAGAUCGACGGGCACGACUUCAUCAUGCGGAUGAACCAGGCCCCCACGGUGGGUUUCGAGGGCGACGUGGGCGGCCGGACCACGCACCACUUCAUGUACCCCGAGAGUGCCAAGAACCUGCCCGCCAACGUCAGCUUCGUGCUGGUGCCCUUCAAAACCCUGGAUCUCCUCUGGAUCGCCAGUGCCCUCUCCACCGGCCAGAUCAGGUUCACCUACGCGCCCGUGAAGCCUUUUCUGCGGGUGGACAAAGAAAAGGUGCAGAUCUACAACCCUGCCUUCUUCAAGUACAUCCACGACCGCUGGACGGAGCACCACGGGCGCUACCCCUCCACCGGCAUGCUGGUGCUCUUCUUCGCCCUCCACGUCUGCGACGAGGUGAACGUCUUCGGUUUCGGCGCCGACAGCCGGGGCAACUGGCACCACUACUGGGAGAACAACCGCUACGCCGGGGAGUUCAGGAAGACGGGGGUGCAUGAUGCCGACUUCGAGGCGCACAUCAUCGACAUGCUGGCCAAAACCAGCAAGAUCGAGGUUUACCGGGGAAACUGAGGGCUGCGCCUCCUCCGGGCUCCCCUGCACCGGCCGAGGGCCGACCGCCCGCGGGGGCUGAGGGCUGGGGUCUCCCCGGUGGCCCCGGCUGACAAACGCCAGGGGUGGGGGGGGGGAGCAGCGUGGCCCCGCACUGCCGGCGGAGCCGCCCCCGGCGAUAUCUGGUGCCUCCAGCAGCCAAUCAGGUUCAGAGCUAAAGGAGACUUUUUGCUUUUUUUUUUUUUUAAUUAUAUUAAUUAUUAUUAUUAUUAUUAUUAUUAUUAUGAAACCCAGCUGAGAAAGGAUUUGUAAACGCAAUCAGCGACGGACCGGGCGGCGGGGGCAUCUGCCUCGCAUCUCUUUACAGUCAAACCAAAUGCUGCUCUUUUUAAAACAAGACACACACACACACACACACAAAACGAAACCAAGAACAAAAAACCAAGCACCCCGAAGGCGGGCGACUUUGGGGAGUGCCCGAGCAUCGCGGCCGGGCCGAGGGAGAUGUGGCGGCCGAGGGCUCGGCUCCCCCCUCCCCGCUGCCACAGCCUUGCCAGUGGAACCAGCUGCUUCUUUCUUCCUUUAUUUUGAUAUAUAUGUAUUAUUUUUUAACUCACCUGGGGCAGGCGCCGCCGUCGCUCCCCCCGGGGAAGGCUCCCGGCACACACGGGCAGGUCUGGGAAGCGCGUGGACCCGUCACCGGGAGAGCCGGCAGCUGCGGGAAGUCAACCAUCGCCGACGGCAGAGCUGGGACUGGGGAGCGGGGAGAGAAGAACCCCAACUUCGGGGCCGGGCAUCCCCGAUCCUCUACCGGAAAUUUGAGGAUGGGGAGGAUGGAUUUUGGGAGCGAUUGGGCAAAAGGCAGCUAAGAAAAAACACAGGAGCAGCAGCCUGGUCCCUCUGGCCGGGCUCCCUCACAGGGAUGCUCAAGGGAUGUGGGCAGCUGGUCCAGCCCCGCCGGAGGGAAGGAGAUGAGAUUUCCCUUCGCUUUCGGGCUGGGGGGAAAAAAAAAAAACAAAAAAACAAACAGAUUAGAGAUAGGUUUAGUAGGGGGGAUGAACCGCGCUUGGGCUUUUUGCAUUGCUGUGGACAGCCAGCUCCGGGGAGAUGCUGAAAUCCCAAAGUCUUCGCUCCGUGUGCGAGGGUGCGACUCAGUCUCCCCCAGCCCGGUGCCCUCGGCAUCCCCGGGGCUUUUUGGGCUGGACAGGCCGCCCCCGCGAUGGGGAGAUGCGGAAGGGAACUGCCUCCCCAGAGGUGUAAUUAAAACCACUUUUCUUUGGGUCAAUCAGGCGGGUAGGGGUUUUUUUGGGGUUGGGUUUGUUUUUUUUUUUUUAGGAGAUGCUGGAAAGCUCAAGAAAAAGGCAAUCACGGAAAGGUCCCCCGGUGAGGGACUCUCCGCCUGCGCGGCCGUACCGCCUGGUUCCAACAGUUAUUUGAGGAACAAUCACCACAGGGGGGUUUUUCGGGGGCAGGGGGGGCUUGGAGGUUUGGGUUUUUUUUACCCCUUUGUAUCUGGCUUUUCUGUAGCAGCCUCUUACCUGUUUCUCUGCUUCGGUUUGGUUGUUUUUCAGGGUUUUCUUCUUUUUCUUCCUUUUUUUUUUUUUUUUUUUUUUUUUUUUUUUUUUUUUGGAGUUUUCUCACUGCAAUGGUGAAGCACAAGGGUUUGGGUCACCUGGAGCAGGUACCAAGCAUCCCCCGGGCUGGGGAAAUUCAUCUUUUUUCUCUCCACGGGGCUUUAAAACCCCGCCGUUGCCUGGCGGGUGUUGGCAGAAGCGCCCGGCGGGCUGCAGCGAGCCCCCGCUCUCCACCUGCCUGGCUUGGGGUUGGUUUUUUUUUUUUAUUAUUAUUUUUUAGGGGAAGAAAAAUAAAACCCACGAGCAACAAUGAGUGCCUUGACCAUCUCCCGUCGGCCACGCCGGGCCCGCUCCGGCGGCGGGGGCUCGGCCGAUUUAUCCAGCGGUCGUAGCUGCUUCCCUCCUCGCGCCGGGCUGGAUCUUUGCUGGGAAGCGCUGCUGGAGGGAGACAGGGCCACAUCCAGGCUACCGCGCCGGUGGCCGGGGAGGCCAAAUCCAGCGUGAGGAGGCUGGGCCGGCUCCUCGCCAGGGCCAGGCCAGACAAUCACGGGGCGAGGGGAGACGCCGGGGACCAAACCCGGGUACCAAACCCGCCGGCGGCUCAGUGCCGGUGUCCGGCGAAAGGCGCUCUCCCGGCUCCUUGCUGCCCUGACAGUAUUAUUUUUUGGCUAGCUUCCUUCCCCGACACGCCCCCCCUCCCCCCUCUUUUUUUUUUUUUUAAUUAUUAUUAUUAUUUUAUUUAAGCUGUCCCGCUAGGACUCGCGACCACUCCUGGAGGAUGCUGCACGCCCGGCGGGGAGGGGGCCCAGCACCACUGUACUGUACAUAGAGGAGAUCGAUGUAGGCAGAGGCGAGGGACAAGGAGGGGGCAGGCGGGGCGGGGGUGCCCCCCCCGGCAGAGGUGGUCUUCAUCACCCGGUGCCUGACGGAGCGCCCAUCGCCCCCCGCCCUGCCGGGAGAGGGGGAGAGCAGCGCUCGCACCCAGGGCUAGGAGCGGGCGGCUUCGCCCGUCACCUCUGCGUACGUGGGUACUUCUGCACACAACUGUCUUAAAACAACUACUUUUUUUUUUUUUUUUUUUUUUUUUUGUAAAAGUCAAUAAAAACCAUGCAUCAGAA